AUGUAUCCUCGUGAGGUGGAGUAUGGUUUCCCGAGUCUUGGGCUUUUGGGGUGGUCGGCUAUUACUGCGCACUUACCAAAGAGAACAGACAAUGAGGUCAAGAACUACUGGCACUCUCGUCUCAAGAAACGACUGGCCUUGAAAGGCUAUGACCCUGUAACCCACAAGCCUAAGAAUAUCAUCUUUGGCUUCGCCAGUGGUUCAACUGAUGACCCAAAGACCGACUCAAACCUCAACCACAUAGCUCAGUGGGAAAGUGUCAGGCUUCAAGCAGAAGCCAGAUAUAGGCAGAAUACAAAUAAUUUUUGCAAAAUUUCUGCCAUUUCGAACCUUCCUCUGUCUGUGCUGCUGCCUCUGCCGGGAAUUCAAUACGCUCAUUGGGUUUCGAUUGUGGAGAUUUCGGUAUUAUCUCAGUACGUUCUUCGGGUGGUACCUAGGUAUUUAUACCUAUGCCCACCUCAAGAACUGUAUCGAGAUGCUGCCAAAAUUCAUCCACGUCGAAAUCUAAUCUCAUGUAGCCAUAGGAAUUAUGAGCAUAAGGAUGCUUUUCCAUUUGCAUCGACCAACAUCAAUCAGGAAGGGGAAGAUGACGUGCUUACACCAAUAGACAGUGCAGAGUUUGAACAAUAUGAAAAACUGUUAAAAAAUGCCAACCAAGAGUUAUACCCGGGGUGUGAGAGCUUUUCCGUUCUCACGGCGAUUGUAGAGCUAAUGCACGGGAAAAUAAAGUAUCGUAUGUCGAACAUGUGUUUCGAUUACUUUUUGGGGUUUUCAAGAGAAUGCUUCCGACGGACAAUUGUUUGCCGAAAGACCAUAAACAUGCACAGAAGGUGUUGA